UUGAUAUUGAUGUCAACAUUAAUCAAAAUUAUUAAAAAUAAAUAUUUUUAUUUUUAUUGAUGUAAUUAAAAAUAUUUUGUAAAAAGUUCUUAAAUUCCAAUUUUAUAAAAUGGCAGAUUAUUGGAAAUCAAACGAGAGAAAAUACUGCCAGUUUUGUAAAUGCUGGUUUGCAGAUAAUAAACCUAGCAGGGACUUCCAUGAAAAAGGUAGAAGACACCAAGAAAACGUUAAGAAAGGUUUAAAACAAAUUACAAAAGCUAGUGCAAAGGCUCAUAAAGAAGCUGAAAAUGUGGAUUCUGCAAUUAAAAAAAUGGAACAAGCUGCUAUGGCAGCUUAUCGGCGGGAUGUGGAAAGUAAUUCCAGUGCUGAUCUAACAUCUAUGGCAAUCAGCAAAAAGUUAAAAGAUGAUAACCUGCAAUUAAGAAAUACUCAGAAUAAAGUUUGGUAUGAAGCUAAAUCAGAAGAUGGUAACCACUAUUACUGGAACACAUUGACGAAUGAAUCUGUUUGGGAGCCACCUAAAGAAGGUUAUUUAAGUAUACAAGAACAAGAAGAACAAAAGUAUGGAGAAACCGCAAAACAAAUAAAGCUUGUGGAGAAACAAAAGAAAAUUGAUGGUUUAAAAUUAAUGCAGGUACGAAAGGAAGAAGAAGAAGAGGAAAGAGCCAGGUUAGAAAGAGAAAAACUGAAAGAAAGAAGAGUAGCAGACAGUCCCCCACCAGUAUAUGGUCCUAUUCUUGAACCAGUAAAAAAUGAUGCUUAUGGCCAGUGGCAUACAGUGAAAGAAAUAGAGCAUGUAGAUCUACAGUUACCUCCACAACCAGAGUAUAUUGAGUGUCCAGUGACAUACGAGCCUGAAGAAAUUAAAAAAGAGUUUAAAGAGAAGACCAUAGAGAGUCUGAAUGAGGGUGGUUCAGCAUUUUUCAAGAAAAGGAAAAUUUUUUCUGGGGGUAAGAGGAAUGUUAGGCAAAGGUUGGAUGAUGAUUAGCAAAGGACUUAAAGUCAGAUGUAAAAUAUUAUGUUUUAAAUAAAUAAUUGUGUUAGAUAUUGU